GCAGAGAACGCGUCUUGUUUAAAAACCUUUUAAAAUGACAGCUUGAUUUGGUUUGGUUUCCGCUACUGUGCUAUUGUGCUAUUUUUUUGGUUUUCGGUGAUAAAAUCGCAAGAUUAUGUCGAUAUCUACAGCUACAGAUGACCGCACAGAAGGUGAUGAUGACACUUCACAAGGAAGCCACCCAAAAGAAGACAGCAGUGAUUCUGAGAAUGAAAAUGAACCCCAGGAGCAGAAUGGAGUAUGCCCCAGUCCUGAAGUUCAUGAAAUUACCAGUGAUGAUGAUGAUGACUGCAUGGUUACCAAUGAAGACAAUGGGGAAAAUGAAGAUGACGAGUCAUCCAAUUCAAGUACGGACUCAAAUGACAGCUCUAGUGACUCCCAGGAUAGUAAAGCUAUGGAAGAAAAAGAGAAUGAAACAAAAAUUGAAAAUGGUGACGAUGAAUCUGAUAUAGAAGAAGUCUCCAUUGAGGAUCCUCUCAAUCAACACCAGAACAAAACCAAACCUAUAGUGAUCAGUGACACAAAAAGUCUAGUUGAACUAGCGGCUAAACAAAACAGACCAAAUGAUGCGGAUCAAAAAGAACCAACAGUUGUUAUCAUUGAUACUAAUUCCAUCUUGUCUGGAAAAGGCGCCACACCUGCUCAGCCAAAGCCUCCUUCCACCUCGACCAUUGAUGCCCAGAACUUGUGUCAAAGCAUUGCUGCUCGAGGGACUACAAUCACCCCAGUUAGCUGCAAAAGCAGUAAUUCCACAAACACCCCGUCUCAAAAUGCUACUCCCACACCGCAACCCAACAUACUGCCCUCUCUGACAGAUGACAUGUUCGUAGUGGAGGCCCCUUCAUUCAUUGUACCAUAUGUAUAUGAAAAACCAUCAAUACAACCAUUUAGAGAAUUUGUAGACAAGCUCGGCAAAGAGCUAGAAGAGAUCAAACUCAAAGAGGAACAGGAGAAAGCAAAGAAAAAAGAAGCGGAAAAGGAAAGAAAAGAAAAGGAGAGGCAAGAAAGAAUAGAAAGGGGUGAAGAGGUUUCUGAAGAGGAAAGCCAGGAAUCCAAGAGUGCGGAAGAAGAACCUCCAAAGGAAAAGAAAGAAAAGAAACAAAAACGAAAACGUGAAGAGGAUGAUGACUCAUGGGACGGUGAGUCAUCUGACUCAGAAAUGAGUGACGAUGACACCAUAUUGAUUAAAAAUAAAGAUGAUCCUAUAGCGGAAGUUAAUGAUACAAUGGGAUUAACAGCAAAAGGGCUCUCUGGUAAAAAAGACAGCUACUUUGAUUGCACUCUAGGUCAAUUCUUCAUCAACAUUGGACUUAACCUGGUCCAAGAGUAUGUACAAACUGACCUCCUGAAGCAACAGAAUCGUAAACUUUACAAAGAGAAGAAGUCUGGACGAAGUACAAAAGCUACAGAAUCUGCUAUCACCUCACUUACUCAAAAUCUAGAAUUUAGUAAGAAAACAAAUGCUCCCUUCGCUCUUAAACAGAUUAGAUGUGAAUUCUGUAGUUUUAAGACAGAAUCUAUGCUCGUUAUGUCACACCACUUGGAAGCACCUCACAUGAAGAACAAUAUUUACAAAUGCAACACGUGCGCGUUUGAGAUUCGCAGCCCCCACGACAUCCUGUUUCACAUGGAGGCCGAGCACAACAUACGCGGGCGGCUAGAGCGCGCGCCCGCCUACCAGCAGUGCGCCAACUGCCACUUCGAGGACAACAGCAAGACCAAGCUCGCGCGGCAUCUCAUCGCCUGCGCCAAGAAGUUCAAGCCCGAGUUCAACCUCGGACCCCCACUAGAAUGGGAGCCUCCCGCGAAAAUACCCAAACUUCGAGCGAGGAACAACGUCGGCUCCGCUUACCCGGCGAACGUAAAUAGAGUGCAGGCCGGAAACAGCAUGAUGGGCAGACCGCCGCUCAUGGGAGGCCCCGGGCUGGCGCAGCUGCCGACGCUGGGCCGCCCGCGCGGCCGCCCGCCGCUCGCCGGCGCGCGCGGCGCCCCGCUGCCCGGCGCGCCGCUCGUCCGCGGCGGCGUCAUGAUCAUGCACAACCAGCCCUCCACCAUCGCCACCAUCUCCAACUACCCCAUCCACAACCAGCUCAACAACUCCACGCCCAAGAUCUCCAUCACCCCGCUCCCGCGCGCGCCGCAGCCCUCGUCCUCGGCCGCGCCCAACUCGAAGGCCACCUUCGUCAUCUGUGAGAUUUGCGACGGCUACAUCAAGGACCUGGAGCAGCUGAGGAACCACAUGCAGUGGAUCCACAAAGUGAAAAUCCACCCUAAGAUGAUUUAUAACCGACCGCCUCUGAACUGCCAGAAGUGUCAAUUCAGGUUCUUCACGGACCAGGGCCUGGAGCGGCACUUGCUCGGCUCGCACGGGCUCGUGACCAGCUCGAUGCAGGAGGCCGCCAACAAGGGCAAGGACGCGGGCCGCUGCCCCGUCUGCGGCCGCGUGUACCAGUGGAAGCUGCUCAGCCACGUGGCCCGCGACCACAACAUGGCGCUCAAGCCCGCUCACCUGUCUUACAAGUGCACGGUCUGCACCGCCACGUUCGGGAUGUACAAGCAGUUUGAAAACCACGUGUAUUCGGCUCACAGUGUGGUCGCCAAACGCGUCAUGGACAAAAGCAAAGCGCCCGCGGCGGGAGCGAACUCUGACCCUCUCCUGAAGCCGCUGAAGAUCAGCGACGAGAUCACGAUCAUCCCGCAGCCGGCCAAGUCGAGCGUCACCAUCACCGCCAAAGGGCAAUAGCGGCCCGACCGGCGCACCUGCCUCUCUUUUACCAACUCAGCAGUAUUGUGUACAUAGACCUAAACCUCUGCACUCUGACGCGUCCAAUAGUGACAUUUUAUUUUAUGAAGUGUGAAUGCUAUUUUGAAAAGCCUCUCCCACUAUAAGCUGUAAAGCAGUGUAUAAUACAAGGAUACGAUUAUUACAUAGUAGAAGGUAUAUAUUUUGUGACUAUGUAAAAUAGCUUCUUGUUUUCAAUACUUGUGAGUCAUGUGGCCCUGUGGGCGCAGUGGCAUUACAGAUCUGUCUAUAAGCAGUGAGUUAGUAGUCGGGUAAAUGUGUGAAUGCACCUUCGAGUGUGCCUCAGAAAGUGAUCCUAUUUAUUUAUGGAAUUGCUGUUAAAUCGACUAUUUUAAGCCUAGUUUAAUUUAAUGUGACCAUGGUUCAAUUUGGCAUUGGAUCUAUUGUAAAAUAUUUAUUUUAAGUAUGUUCCACUAUGUAUGUACAAUAUAAUCAUGAAUCGUUAUUAUAGAUUAGUUAAGGUAGAGUGUAAUCUUAGAUUAAGUACAAUAUUUCAACACAAAUCCUGUCUAUUUCAAAAUUGCAAAACGAGUUAGAUACAGACUCACAACACACAUUGGAUCUUCUUAUUUAUUUCUGAUCUCAGAUAAACAGACUGGACUGGAGUGUUGAUUUGGUAAAAGUUUACUAAAUUGUUAAUGUACUUAUAGAACUGAAAAUAAUGUAUUUUUUUUAUUUAAUAAAAAUACCAUUGUA